AUGGAGGGAUAUCCCCUUGAUCGUUUACGGACCGCAGAGGCGCCAUCAGACUCUCACAGUGUCAUUGACAUAGAAGCACAUCCCGGCUCAAUUACGCAAGAUGCAAUCUCCCCGACGACUCGCAUCCCCCCGUCUAUCCCCCCUGACGAUGGCUCGACAUACCCCGAAAUGCUUCCUCCUGCCGCUCGAGUGAUUUCCAACGAGACGAUCAAAAAUCGCACACGACGCUCGAACACCGCGCGCACGUAUCAUCCGGACUCGGUGGCUCACGAUCCCAACUGGCAACCGGGAACAGAGCCUGGCAUUGAUCCCACAAAGCCACUUCCGGCAUAUAAUGCAGACUGGAUGAGUAACAUACCUUCUGAUCUGCAUAAAAGAUGCGAGAUUAUAGUGGUGGAUUUUUCGCAACAUGAAAUGCGACAGUACGAGCUUGAUAAUGACACGCUAGGGCCAUUCCUUGCCAAGGAGAGAGAGCCAUGGGUUCAGUGCAGAUGGAUCAACGUCAACGGUCUCAGCUGGGAUGUGAUCAGAGCUUUGGGGAACCACAAAGGCCUGCACAGGCUGGCAAUCGAGGAUUUGAUCAACACAACGAAUCGUACUAAAGUGGACUGGUACUCGGACCACGCAUACAUCGUGCUCACACUGCAAAAGCUGAUCAAGCUACACGAGGAGAGCAGCGACUCAGACGACGAACCUGAAGGUAGACAAUCUCAAUGGAAAACUGAUCGAAAGGGCUCGUCUACGAGUAUCAAAAGCUCAUCUACGAAGAAGCCUACCAGACACGGCCUUGUACUAACGGCAUUGAAAGACAUCUUUGGGAUCAGGUCUCGCAAGGAGAUAUUGCGUGAUAAAUACACCGCUGGUGGUAGCAUCCGUCCUUCGUCAGGAAAGUCCAUGCCUGGUGGGGCUGAUGAUGCUCCUCAAACUGGAAACCCGUUUCGAAGUAUUCAGCGUUUCCGCGGGGGACCAAACGAGGAUAGAAUUGCAUUCAUGGAACGCCAUGCAGUUCUAGCUUCCAAGGGAUUGGGGGUUACUCUUGAACAAGUGUCGAUAUUUUUGCAUGGAGACAAUACCGUUACUUCCUUUUUUGAAACAAGCGCCGACGAUAUCGAGGUCCCGAUAGUCCGUCGCCUUAGUUCUCCAGAGACGAUUCUGCGCCAGUCGUGUGAUGCCAGCAUGGUUGCACAGGCCAUUCUCGAUGCGAUCAUCGAUCUCGCGAUCCCAGUGACUAUGGCUUAUCAAGACGCGAUGGGUGACCUGGAGCUGGAUGUUCUGACGGACCCGGACAUCGACCAAUCGAAGAGUCUCUACAUUCUGACAUCUGAGAUUGCUAUUUUGCGGAGCUCGAUGCAGCCAAUUGUGACGGUGAUCAAUGCUCUCCGAGAUCAUAGGUCGGACCUUAUCAGCACUCCAGGUCUUGGUGUGUUCAAGAACUUAGGACCAUCGACGCCUGCCGGAGUCGAUGCAGGGACAUAUUUUGGGGCUGGUGCGCCAAACUUGAAGAACCUGAGCGGCACAAGUAUUUCUAUUAGUCCUAUGUGUCAUACGUAUUUGGGGGAUGCACUAGACCAUUGCAUUACAAUUGUUGAGGGAUAUGACCAAAUGAGACGAGCUGCCGACAACAUGAUCGACCUAAUAUUUAAUACUAUUGGGGCAUAUCAGAACGAAAGCAUGAAGCAACUUACUCUUGUGACUUGCUUCUAUCUCCCUUUGACCUUCCUAACGGGCUACUUCGGUAUGAACUUUGAGAGCUUCUUUGCAAUCAAGCACAGCGAUGCAUAUUUUUGGAUGAUUGCUGUCCCUUUUGUAUUUGCGACCACGGUAUUUCUAAUGCGUGAUAAACUGAAGCGUUACAUUGUUCUACUCGCUCAGAGACGUCUAAUCACCAGCUCACGGAAACAGCGGCGGAGGGAGAAGGCCACGAAAAGAUCCUGA